AUCCGCCUGAGUCUCGAGCCCGCUACAUUUAAAUCCACGAUCUCAUCCGACAAAUCCCCGCUUCCUACUUAAAACCCUAGACUAGUGACUAGUGAGAAACGGAGCGAGGAUGUCCGAAGGUUUUAUACUUCCUCAAAUCCUCGCGGUCGAUCUCUUUCUUGCAUUCCGUGGGGACUGCGCCCGCUCUCCUGGUUUUCUUGAUCGUUCAGGUGGAGGAUAUAACGAUGGCUGCUAAAAAUGGCCAAACGAGUAUUGAGAAAGAGCAGCUCGUCAUAUGGCCUUUUGCAGAUAUUUGGAAUGGCAGAGCAAGAGAUGGAGUACAGGGUAGAUCUUUUUAACAGGCUUACCAAGUUAUGUUUUGACAAAUGUAUUGAUAAAAGAUACAAGGAAACUGAGCUCAAUAUGGGUGAGAAUAGCUGUAUUGAUCGUUGUGUUUCAAAAUAUUGGCAGGUGAUUGCCUGGUCAAAUCAGAUGCCUGAUCAUUAUGAACUGCUGGAAGAGUUUUCACAGGCGGUAAAUAGAACAUCAAGUGACAAAUUUAACAGGGCAGUUGCUUGCUUCCAAUCGACCACCGAUGUGAAGUUAUUGCUGCAUCGUGCAGAUGAUAGCACGCAGCUUUUUUUAUUUUAUUUUUAUUUUUUUUAAGGGGUAGAAGAUAGCACGUACUUAUUACUGCUGGUUUAAGGCAUGGUGGUGCACACAAAAUAUCCUAUUGCCAGUAUUAACGGGGUCAAUUUAUUCUGAACGUUCCUGGCUGAGAAAUAAUUUCUGAUGCUUGUCUGUCACUUUAUAUAUCGUCAGUGCAUGCAUAUGAAUGCAACCAUACGGAGACAAGCGGACGACUUGAGAAUUCAGACAUAUUUAAAUGGAUACAGGAGAUGGUGUCAAGAAUAUGCUAUCGUUAUUUAUUUAUUUAUUUUUCCUUCCUUGCUAAUGUGUUAUUAGUUCGAUGGCUAAUGUGUUAUUAGUUCGAAGCCAGACUGCUACGAAUUGUUGCUCAGCCUUGGUGUUAAUUAAAUCAUAAUCAAUUGCUAUCU